CGUGGCUCCUACACACAGAUGGAGGCCCAGCCAGCUGGGGCCUCAAGCUCCGGCAUCCGGAAAUGGCAGCUGGCAGCAGGAUGGAGGAUGGCUCCUUGGAGGUCACCCAGAGUGUUGAAGAUGACCCUCUUCUGGAUGCCCAGCUUCUCCCACAUUACUCACUGCAUGCUCACUUCAGACCCAGGUUCCGUCCUCUCCCUAUAGUCCUCAUCGUCAAUCUUCUGCUCUUCAUACAUGUUGUAUUUGUUAUUUUAGCAUUUUUAACAGGUGUGCUCUGUUCUUACCCUGAUCCAAAUGAGGACAAGUGUCCAGGAAACUACACCGACCCACUGAAAGUUCAGACAGUCGUCAUCCUGGGAAAGGUCAGUUUGUGGGUUCUCCAUUUACUUCUUGAAUGCUACAUCCAGUAUCACCACAGCAAAGUGAGAAAACCAGGCUAUAACUUGAUCUACCAGUCGACGCGGCAUCUUAAGAGACUUGCACUCUUGAUACACUCUGCUGGCAACACGGCGCUUCUGCUCAUCCAGUGUGUGCAGCACUCCCUUCCCGAGCCCAGCAGACUGUACCUGGACCUCAUUUUUGCUGUCCUGGCCCUGGAACUGAUCUGUUCCCUCGUGUGUCUGCUCAUUUACACAGUGAAAGUCCGAAAAUUUAAUAAAGCCAAACCACAACCUGAUGUACUUGAAGAAGAAAAAAUCUAUGCUUACCCUAGCAAUAUUACCUCAGAGACUGGAUUCAGCUGUGGUGAAACUAAGUCUUAAAUCAUCAGACACGAG